CAGCCAGGCAUGACUGAUCGAUCCCCGAAUGGAAAGAAGCAACGACCGCUGGCGGGCCGUCGACUCCUCGAGAAGAACCGACUAAAGACCAGCACUAGAACCGAAGACCAGGACUAGAAGCGAAGAUCAGGACCAUAACCGAAAAUCAGGACUAUAACCCCGGGAUGAGGCGGACCUGACCGGUUAUAACACGUUAUUAACCCGGAGGAACCGAGUGCUGGAGGAAGGCGACCAUAGAAAGACAUGUUGAUCUAGUGGACUGGUUCUGUUGGCUCCAACAUGGAGUCUUCUUCUGAAUCUCAGCAGGAGGACAAACCUGUGCCUCAUGCAGAGGUCAAGGAGCAUCCCUCCUCCUCUGCAGCCGGCGGCGGUGAUGAGGGCGUUCUUCUGACCCCGGGCAGGAUGAGCCAGCGCCAGGGAAAGGAGGCGGGGCAUCAGACCCCCAGCAGAGAGGUCCUGACCACGCCCGCCUCCCUCAGCCCCGGGGUCAGCUACACCCACGGGUUUGAGCGGGGAAAAGAGGAUCUGCUGCCACUGCCUCUGAAAGACGACUCGUCUCAGUCCAUCUCAAAGAGCAAGUCUGAGACCAAGCUGUACAAUGGAUCUGAUAAGGACGUGUCCUCCUCCGGCGGCCGUCUGACCAAGAAGGAGUCCCUCAAGGUGCAGAAGAAGAACUACAGAGAGGAGAAGAAGAGAGCGACCAAGGAGCUGCUGAGCACCAUCACAGACCCCUCGGUCAUCGUCAUGGCGGACUGGCUCAAGAUCCGGGGCACCCUGAAGUCCUGGACCAAGCUGUGGUGUGUGCUGAAGCCGGGGGUCCUGCUCAUCUACAAGACCAACAAGAACGGGCAGUGGGUGGGCACCGUGCUGCUGACUGCCUGCCAGCUCAUAGAGAGACCCUCCAAGAAGGACGGCUUCUGCUUCAAGCUCUUCCACCCGCUGGAGCAGUCCAUCUGGGCCGUCAAGGGUCCUAAGGGUGAGGCGGUGGGCUCCAUCACUCAGCCGUUACCCAGCAGCCACCUCAUCUUCCGCGCCGCGUCGGAGUCUGACGGGCGGUGUUGGAUGGAUGCUCUUGAGCUGGCUCUGAAGUGCUCCGGUCUGCUGAAGAGGACGAUGGUCCGAGACGGAAAGGAGGAGCUGGCCGCCAUGGCAACGGGAGGAGAGACCUCCAUCAACUUCUACAGCCUACUGCGGGCUCACAACAUGCAGGGCUUCCAGUUCAGUGACGGGGACCAGUUCAAAGACCCCGACCUCUACUCGGACAAGUCGGACCGGGAGGGCGACCCGGAGCACGAGGAGUCGGACCGGGACCAUGACCACGACGACUCGGACCCCGAGGAGACGGACAGUGACACGUCGGAGCGCCAGGACGACCUGGACCCCAACGAGACCCUCAGGGAGACCCCAUACAUGGAGCAGUCCCACGAGGAACUGGGGGAGGCGGGCGAGGCGGCGCAGACGGAGACGGUCUCGGAGGAGAACAAGUCCCUGAUCUGGACCCUGCUGAAGCAGGUCCGGCCGGGCAUGGACCUGUCCAAGGUGGUCCUGCCCACCUUCAUCCUGGAGCCGCGCUCCUUCCUGGACAAGCUCUCCGACUACUACUACCACGCCGACUUCCUGUCCCAGGCGGCGGUGGAGGAGAACGCCUACAACCGCAUGAAGCAGGUGGUCAGGUGGUACAUCUCCGGCUUCUACAAGAAACCCAAGGGUCUGAAGAAGCCGUACAACCCGAUCAUCGGUGAGACGUUUCGCUGCAUGUGGCUCCACCAGGAGACCAACAGCAAGACCUUCUACAUCGCUGAGCAGGUGUCGCACCACCCUCCUGUCUCUGCGUUCUACGUCAGCAACAGGAAGGACGGGUUCUGCAUCAGCGGUAGCAUCCUGGCCAAGUCAAAGUUCUAUGGUAACUCCCUGUCGGCCAUCUUGGACGGCGAGGCACGGCUGACAUUCCUCAAUCGCGGGGAGGACUACGUGAUGAACAUGCCCUACGCCCACUGUAAAGGUAUCCUGUACGGGACCCUGACCCUGGAGCUGGCAGGCCAGAUCAACAUCAGCUGUGAGAAGACGGGCUACAGCGCCCAGCUGGAGUUCAAACUCAAGCCCUUCCUGGGCAGCAGCGACAGUGUGAACCAGAUCUCAGGGAAGAUCCGCCUGGGGAAGGAGGUGCUGGCGACUCUGGAGGGCCACUGGGACAGCGAGGUCUUCAUCAACGACAAGAAGACGGGGGCCCUGGAGCCGUUCUGGAACCCCACGCCGGAGCUCAGGCAGAGCCGGCUGACCAGAUACACCGUCCCCCCGGAGGACCAGGGCGAGUUCGAGUGUGAGAGGCUGUGGCAGCACGUGACGCGGGCGAUCAACAACAAGGACCAGACGGAGGCGACCAACGAGAAGUUCAUCCUGGAGGAGGCGCAGCGACAGGCGGCGCGGGAGAGGAAGGGGGGCGGGGAGGAGUGGAGCCCCGCCCUCUUUGAACAGGACGCGCUCAGUUUGGAGUGGCACUACCGCUACGCAGAUACCCGGCCCUGGGAUCUGUUGAACGACCUGAUCCAGUUUGAGCAGGACGGUGUCAUCCAGACCAAGGUUCGGCACCGGACCCCCAUGGUACGUUCAGGAAGUCUUAUUAGUCUCAGUAACCCGGCAGCGAGGAGGGACACCUGCAAGUGCCAGGUAACGGGAGCGAAGAGGAAACAAAGUGACAAGGUGAAGAGUCGUGAGAGAGGCUGUUCGUCUCCUGAGGCCGAUGGCCGCGAUUCCUCCGGCAGCGAGCGACUGAAGACCAAGACCAGUGGGAGGCUGAAGAAAAGGACCGACCUCACUGAGGUCCUCAGUGCCAUCGACGCCAUCAAACGCACCCAGGACGACAUCAACAGGAGCGUCAGCGCGCUGCGGGGCCGGACAGGAAAUCGCAGCGUGUCGGACGGAGCCUCCUUCCUCCAGCAGAGAGAUUACGUCAUUAUCAUCAUCCUAGUCCUCUUUCAGGUCCUCAUCAACUUCCUGUUCAAGUAAAAGCCCUGCCAGAGAGAACACACACACACGCACACACACACACACACACACACACACACACACACACACACCAGACUUGUGUAGCAUCCAAUCCAUCUCUCUGUUUCUAAGAACUUGCACCACUGCCCCCCCCCCCCCCCCCCCCCUGCCCCGAGGACGAAGCCACGCCUCUAAAGAAGCCACGCCUCUAAAGAAGCGCGCCCAACCAAGACUUUUUUAUCGUCUGGAAAGUUCCCAACAUUUCAAGAAUGGAGAAUGUUACCGUGAUACUGUACUGCUGCUUGUGUGAGGGUGAGGCUGUGUGGGAUGUGCGUGUGCGUGUGUGCGUGCGUGCGCGUGCGUGCCUGUGUGCAUAUGUGUGUGUGAGAGAGCAGUCACCAUGGCCCCCUGGUGGCGCCGAGCGGCCCUGCAUCCAGGGGGGCCGUUUCAACACUCCAGACGCUCUGGUCUCUCCCUGCCAGCUCUGGUCUCUGGAGGAUCUCACCAGGGACCGGGACUUUUAAUGUUAUUUUGUAAUACUUGUGACUAUUUAAGAUAUUUGUAUCAUGUGUGUGGACCUCCUGGGAGGAGGGAGGACGAGGUCCUGGGAGGUGGAGGUCUCCUCCUGGGAACAUGGGAACGAGUUUCUCCUCUUGUUCCCCUCUUGUCUCCGGCUCUUCGUUGAGCCGUCGGCACAAAUGCACUGGAAGCUUCCGCCGGUAGCUCGUAGCGUUAGCAUGUAGCCGCUAGGUGGUGUUAGCAGGCAGGGUGUGCAUUUUCAGCAGGCUACCUGGAGUUUUCACUCCUUGUUUGACGAGGGAAGGAUAGUCUAGGGGCUCUAAGCCGAAUGGUGCUGAAAGAUGAACCCUUACCCGAAGCUGUAGGCCUCCUAGAGCUAGAUGACCCCUGACCCCUACCUGGGGGCCUCCUAGAGCCAGAUGACCCCUGACCCCUACCUGUUUCCCUAAUGACGUGUAUCUGAACUCACUGUUAGUCUCUCUGGUCACAAGUGUCUGCUGAAUGCUAGACAGUAAUUGGAGGAAUCGCCCUACGUCAAUACACAACGGGAAACGAUGAGAAGAUGCUGAGUGUUGCCAUAGAAACACAGGUGUUGUGAGAGCUUGUUCCAGUGCAUUUGUGCCUUGAAGGUGUGUUUGAAUAACAUUCCCUGUAAUAUUCUUAGUAGAUCUUAGCUGGAACUUUUUUCUAAACAAUACCAUCACCAAUCAAAAUCAUUCCAAUAAUGACGUGCAUGUAGGCAGCGGCCAAUCGCAGCAUAGUAUAUGCGUGAGUCGCGCCCACUGUGUAGAUAAUAUGAAGGGGCCGUCUCACCUGUUGUGUUCAGAUUGGACCAGACCCUCUGUGUACAUGCCAGUAUCAUGCACCCAGUGUCUUGUAGUAUUGGCUUUACUAGCGCACCUCUCCUAGCUCACCUGUCCUAGCUCACCUGUCCUUGCUCACCUGUCCUUACUCACCUGUCCUAUCUCCCCUGUCCUAGCUCACCUGUCCUUGCUCACCUGUCCUUACUCACCUGUCCUAUCUCCGCUGUCCUAGCUCACCUGUCCUAGCUCACCCAUCCUAGCUCACCUGUCCCUGCCAUACUGAAGACAGACACCCGGGCGGGCUUGUGUCACUACAGACCAAUCACUUGGGUUGCCACAGUCUUCUGAUUGGCGGAGCCCUCAUGUGGCAACACAGCCUCCUGCACUCCGAGUCCAGCAGUGCUUCAUGUCUCAGUGUGUCCCAAGAGCCGUCGGAGCCGAUCCGUGUGUCCGCACCAUAGAAUGUAGAGAUCAGAGGAAUCACCUGUGCCUUGUAGGAGGAGGGAGAGGGAGGGAGGGGGAGGGGGGGUGAGGUCAGGGCGGAGGUCAGGUGGGAGUGGUCAGUUACAACUUCAGACUAGAUGUCUUCAGUGAGUGUGCUGCCCUCUGAGUUUAAAAGUGAAGGCACCUUGGGAUUCUUCAUUACACCUGUACUUUUGUUCACCUGUACUGGGGUUCACCUGUACAGUGGCUCACCUGUAGGUUCACCUGUACUGUGGUUCACCUGUACAGUGGUUCACCUGAAGGUUCACCUGUACAGUGGUUCACCUGUAGGUUCACCUGUACUGUGGUUCACCUGUACAGUGGUUCACCUGAAGGUUCACCGGUACAGUGGUUCACCUGUAGGUUCACCUGUACUGGGGUUCACCGGUACAGUGGUUCACCUGUGGGUUCACCGGUACAGUGGUUCACCUGUAGGUUCACCUGUACUGGGGUUCACCGGUACAGUGGUUCACCUGUAGGUUCACCUGUACUGUGGUUCACCUGUAGGGGAAUCACCUCCAACUCACUCGCAACACAAUCAUCAAAACGCUGAAUAAAUAACAAAGUGGCCGACUCCAUCUGCAUCUCCACACACACAGCUCCACUUCACUCUGUAUAACAGUACUAAUACUGCCACUGUAGUAUACAUACUACCACUACUAUAUACUAGUACUAUUCCUGUACUGAUUUCAACCCUGCUUACUAAUGCAGGGCCCCCCUAGGAGGUAAACACACAGAGUUCCAUGACUCCCACUAUACCCAGUACUCACAGUGCAGUAUACUGAUAGAGAGUACACACUCCUACAGGAAUCAGUAGUGUCAGUAUGUGCCACAUGAUGCCUUAGAGAAGAGCCCUCAUUGGCUCAAUAUAUCCUGACCCCACCCACUGUUGUCAAAGUGACACAAACACAGGCUCCGAAAGUUGCUACAGAGGGAGGGAGUGAGAGAGAGAGAGAAGAGAGGGAGAGAGAGAGAGAGAGAGAGAGAGAGAGGGAGGAUGAGAGGAUUGUACAUCUCGCUCUUCAAUCGAUCCUUUCUUCUUCACCUCAUCUGUUUUUGUGUCUCUUUUUCUUUCUCUCUCACUCUCUUUCUCUGUAUUCUGUUUAACUUUGUUUUUUAUCUGGCUAUAUUUUACGCUUUUUGUCUUUGCUUUUCUAAUGUUAAUAUUUUGUUGAUUUUAACUUCGUGUUUGUCAUGUGACUGGCUUGGACACACCUCUUUUAAACUCAGCAAUAUGAUGAUUUCACGGCGACUGUAAAGCGAUAAAGUUUCACCAAAUAAAAAAAAUGUGGGCCGUCCCACCGCUUUGGUUCUGAACCCUGA